UAUGAGUGGCUACGGAGGUUAGAGAAACUCCCUGUUCGUCCGCAGCUCUCCCGUUCCACCGUGGAUAUACAUCACUUUGAGCGUCUCCUCAAGCCUGCCACAUAGCUGCAUACAUCUCGACGGCGGACGACGCCCCUAGUUCACUGCUGAGAGUAUCCAUCAUCGACGCCGCUUUCAAACCCUCAAGAUGCAUUCACCCCAACCGAAAGGAGAGCCUGUCGACGUCGACGGCCGUGCCAGUACCAGUGACGCCGGAUCAGAUGCCGGUGCAGCGCACGCGGGUCAGAAUGAUAUCGAAGCAGCCUACAUCUCCGGGCUGCCCCUCAUCAUCAUGGUCGGCGUGCUGUUCCUCGGGCAGUUUGUUAUUGGCCUGGACUCGAUUAUGGUUGGACUCCUCGUUCCGACGUUGAUCAACGAGUUCGACUCCGUGGCGGACGUCGGCUGGUACGCAUCGAUAUACAUGAUGACGAUUGGGGCCAUGGCACCGACACUCGGCAAGAUCUACACCGUCUUCCCCGUCAAAACCGUCUUUCUCGGGGUCUCGGUAGCCAUGCAACUGGGUUCCCUCCUUUGCGCGACGGCCAAGUCGUCCACGGCCUUCAUCGCCGGUAGAGCCGUCACCGGCUUCGCAGCGAGCGGCCUUCUCUGCGGCACUCAGAUGUAAGGGCAUUCCCCAUCUCUCUCUCUCUCUCUCUCUCUCCCUUUUUCCCCAUCACCUCUCUCUCGUCGUCGCAUAACCGGUGCCUUAUUCUACACAUUUUCGUGGUGUGCCUGCGCAAGUACUUU